AUUUCAGUAUUUGUCAACAUGAGUAUAUCUGUUGAUGUUCACGUGCUGUUUUUUGCCAAGUGCCGUGAAUUAGCUAAAACUACUCGCUCAAUAUAUACAGUUCCAUCUGAUAUUAAAGCAUAUGAUUUGUUGGAGCAAAUUGUUUUAAGAUUUGGGCUCGCGAACAUACGACAGAACUUAAUCAUAGCUCUUAACGAAUCAUAUAUCGAAGACUUGAAUGAGAGUUUAGUUUUGAAGGACGGUGACGAAAUAGCUGUGAUACCGCCGUUAAGUGGAGGCUAAGCAAUUCAACAUGAACCACAUUAAAUUGAUUGAUG